UCCAGAUUACCACAAAAAAAAAACUUAUAAAAGCAAAAGCCGUAACAAGGCGUUGAGAGAAGACGGACCAUUCUUACCAAAAGAGCAGGAUGAUGUAUGGAUUCCUAGUAUGCAGAGCAUCCCAAAAGGCUACAAGAAAUUGGCUUAGCUCAUUCAAUCUCUCAAGAUCUGUUCAUUCCUUACCUUUUGCAACAGUAGAUGCUGAAGGUAUUUCUGGCUCUCAACCUGCUAAAGUACACAACUUGGUGCAGGGUAAAUGGAUAGGAUCUUCAACCUGGAAUACAAUUGUGGAUCCUUUAAAUGGAGAACCAUUCAUUAAAAUUGCUGAGGUAGAUGAAACUGGAACUCAGCCAUUUGUAGAGAGUUUGUCGAAGUGUCCCAAGCAUGGACUGCACAAUCCCUUUAAAUCACCAGAGAGGUAUCUUUUAUAUGGAGACAUAACUGCCAAGGCAGCCCACAUGCUUGCGGUUCCAAAGGUUUCUGAUUUCUUCACCAGGUUAAUUCAAAGGGUUGCUCCUAAGAGUUACCAGCAAGCUCUUGGUGAAGUGCAAGUUACUCAAAAAUUUCUGGAGAAUUUCUCAGGUGAUCAGGUUCGUUUCCUGGCAAGGUCUUUUGCAGUGCCAGGAAAUCAUCUUGGACAGCAAAGUCAUGGUUUCCGGUGGCCUUACGGUCCUGUUGCAAUUAUUACUCCGUUCAAUUUCCCACUAGAGAUUCCUUUACUUCAGUUGAUGGGUGCGUUAUAUAUGGGCAACAAACCCAUUCUUAAAGUUGAUAGCAAGGUGUGCAUUGUUAUGGAGCAAAUGAUACGCCUACUCCAUCACUGUGGAAUGCCUUUGAGUGAUGUUGACUUCAUAAAUUCUGAUGGGAAGACGAUGAACAAGCUUUUGCAGGAGGCAAAUCCACAAAUGACCCUCUUCACCGGUAGCUCAAAAGUUGCAGAAAAGUUGGCUGUUGACUUGAAGGGUCGGAUUAAAUUGGAAGAUGCUGGAUUUGACUGGAAAAUUUUAGGACCAGAUGUUAAUGAGUGGCAGGUAGAUUACAUUGCUUGGGUUUGUGACCAGGAUGCAUAUGCAUGCAGCGGUCAGAAGUGCUCUGCACAGUCAAUUCUAUUCAUGCAUGAGAACUGGUCUGCUACUUCACUCAUAUCCAAAAUGAAGGAUCUCGCAGAGAGAAGGAAAUUAGAGGAUCUAACUAUUGGCCCUGUUCUCACUUUAACAACUGAAGCAAUGCUAGACCAUAUGAAUAAAUUACUUCAGAUUCCAGGUUCGAAGCUGCUUUUUGGUGGAAAACCUCUGGAGAAUCAUUCCAUUCCUUCCAUAUAUGGCGCUCUCAAACCAACAGCCAUUUAUGUUCCUCUUGAAGAAAUUUUAAGGGCCAAAAAUUAUGAGCUUGUAACAAGAGAAAUUUUUGGACCAUUCCAGGUUAUUACUGAAUACAAGAAAGAUCAACUCCCAAUGGUUUUGGAUGCUUUGGAGAGAAUGCAUGCUCAUUUAACGGCCGCUGUAGUUUCAAAUGAUGUUCUGUUUCUUCAGGAAGUUAUUGGCAAAACGGUGAAUGGGACUACUUAUGCUGGAUUAAGAGCAAGAACAACUGGGGCUCCACAGAAUCAUUGGUUUGGACCGGCUGGAGACCCGAGAGGUGCCGGGAUUGGCACCCCAGAAGCAAUAAAACUUGUUUGGUCUUGCCAUAGAGAAGUGAUAUAUGAUUUCGGUCCCCUUCCAAAGCUUUGGGAAAUUCCACCGAGUACUUAAAGGAGUUGUUUUGACUAGAAAGAAAGGCUGCAAUUCUUGAUUGCAUACAGAAAAUUAUUGCAUGUAUCCUUGAACCAAUCAGAAUUUUCUCUAGUCUUGAAAUAAAGUGAAAUUUUGUAAA